CCCAUAUCUUCUCAGCAAUUUGCAACUUUUGCAAGUAAAAGUGGUCUCGACAGUUGUCAGUAGUGAGCUCCUUUGGCCUUUGCAGCAUCAAAAUGACUACUGAAGCCUAUGCUGACACAGAGUAUUGGGAAAAAAGGUGGGAAGAAGGGAGAACUAGAUGGCACAGGGACUAUGUUGAAAAUAUCCUGAAGAAUCAUUGUGAUUUCCUAACAGCUGGUGGAGGUAAAUGCUCUAUUUUUGUGCCUCUCUGUGGCAAGACUCUAGACAUGAAGUGGUUAGCCGAGGAAGGACACACAGUAGUAGGUGUUGAUAUCGUCGACUUAUCUGCUCAGCAAUUCUUCACUGAAAAUGAUAUCCCGUUUAAAAAACAUAGCAUAGAAGACUUCUCUGUUUAUGAAGCCACAGAUGAUGCAAUCAAAAUUAAAUUCUUUGUUGGCGAUGUCUUCAAGAUCUCAGCCGAAUGCUUUGAUGCUGUUUGGGAUUGCAACGCCCUGGUGGCCAUUAAUCCACAAGACAGAGAAAAAUAUAUACAGAAGAUUGAUUCUUUGUUGAAGCCUUCUGGGCGCAUUCUUCUCACUACUUAUGAGUAUGAUAAGACUCUUCGUAAUGCUCAUCCAUUCUCUAUGCCUCCUGGUGACAUUGAAGCACUCUUUUCUUCAUUUAAUGUGCAAACAGCUGAAACAAUAGAUGAGACAGAACGAUUUAAGACUAACUUCAAUCUUCCAUGGGCAAAAAGACACGUUUUUCAUAUCACAAGGAAGCAGCAAACUUCUUGAAAAGAGAAUUAUUAUAUUACUACAAUUUUGCUCACAAUUGUAAUAUUGGUUGUUACUCUUAUUGAAAGAAACAUUACUGGGUAGCUUA